AUGAGCCAUUUGCAGAACUUUCUGUUAGAAACACUUCUAGGAUCCAAGCAUGUGGACAGCGCAGCCCUCAUCAAGCUUCAGGACAGUUUUAUGUGUAUCUCAUCACCUGGAUUUAAUGUGAUGCCCAGUGAUAUUUUUAAGCUUGUGAAUGGCUUCGCCAAGAAUCCUUUGCAAACCCGAAGAGAAGGAUUGUAUUUCAAAGAAAAGGAUUACGUAUGUGUCCGGGCAGAUGACUAUUCUCUUUAUGCUAAGAAUGUGAACUCUGGUGUGAUUGUUGUGAAGACUCAUAUGUAUCUUGUGGUGUCAACCUACAUUAAGGGCAUGUACCCUGGUGUCUGUGUAGAAGCCACAGAGAAGCUGGGUGAUUAUCUAAGAAAAAAGAGAAGUUAA